GCAAUGCGCGCCGACGGGUCCGUCGUUCAUCCUGCUGCGUGUUAUUAAGAAAAAAAAACACACUUUAUGGACUUUGCAUCGGGGACUUGUUGCGCCGCUUUACACUUUUUUUGUAGUUUUUUUUUUUUUUUUUUCUUUGUAAAAGUUGAAUCAUGCUGAUGAGCAGCUACAAGAAGACAGCCGUCUCCGUGGGCAGCGCGGCGUGCGUCUGCCUGCUGCUGCUGCUGCUGUCGCUCGUCGCCGUGCAGCAUCACCGCGUUCAGGUGGGGGACGCGCCGGCCGACGGAGGGGACGCGGGGACGCGCUCUUUGCUCCAGGAUGCCGCGCCGGGGGGCGAGCGGGACGCGCCGACCAAGAAGGGAUUCUCCGCGUACUUCACCAAGCUGACGCGGGGACGCAGGGAGGUGGAGAGGCCCGCGGGCUCCCCGGCGACCGGCGCCGACCCGCCCCCGGCCGAGGACAUCAGCGCCGAUGACGUCUUCAUCGCCGUGAAGACCACCAAGAAGUUCCAUCAGUCCAGGCUGAGUCUGCUCCUGGACACGUGGAUCUCCAGGAACAUGCAACAGACGUACAUCUUCACAGACGGAGAGGAUGUGGAGCUCAAAAAGAAAAUUGGGGGUCACGCCAUCAACACAAACUGCUCGGCAGCUCACAGCCGCCAAGCGCUCUCCUGCAAGAUGGCGGUGGAAUACGACAAGUUCAUCGAGUCGGGGAAAAAGUGGUUCUGUCACGUGGACGACGACAACUACGUGAACGUCCGGACUCUGGUGAGGCUCCUGUCCCAGUACCCCCACACCCAGGACGCGUACAUCGGUAAACCCAGUCUGGACCGGCCCAUCGAGGCCACGGAGAGGCUGGGGGACAACAAGAUGAAACCAGUCAACUUCUGGUUCGCUACUGGGGGAGCGGGCUUCUGCGUGAGCCGAGGUCUGGCGCUGAAGAUGAGCCCGUGGGCCAGCGGCGGCCACUUCAUGAACACAGCCGAGAAGAUCCGGCUGCCCGACGACUGCACCGUGGGCUACAUCAUCGAGUCGGUCCUGGGGGUCCCUCUGACCCGCAGCAACCUGUUCCACUCCCACCUGGAGAACUUGCAGCAGGUGUCCAGAUCGGAGAUACACAAGCAGAUCACCCUCAGUUAUGGGAUGUUCGAAAACAAGAGUAACAUCAUACAUUUCAAAGGGGCUUUUCCUGUGGAGGAGGACCCAUCGAGGUUCAGGUCUGUGCACUGUCUCCUGCACCCAGACACCCCGUGGUGCCCCCCUCAGGUUGCCUUCUAGGGCGACCGCUCCUUUUUCCCCAUCCUCGUCCCCCGCCGCGCCUCGGUAUCUGAAAGGCUCGCGGGGACCAGCGUUUUUUUAUUGUAUUUCGGACCGCGCCGCUGCCGCGUUGUCGCUGCAGUGUGUGUGUGCGGUCUUUUACUAGUUUUACUGGGCUGCUGUGCGGCCCGCCUCGGGACUCUUCCUUCCUGCCGUGGGGGACCACGGGGGGGGGGGGGCCUCGCCCCCAUCGGAUGCCGGUUGGGGGGGGUGAGGCCCCGCUCUAAGGCAGGAAGUGGCUUUCAGCGUCAAGCUUUUGCAGGCAAUCAGUUGAGCUUUGUGAUGUAUAUGUUGCUUGUAAAUGUAUCUGCAAUUCUCAUAGAAUGUAUUGACAUAUAUUCAAGCUUUUUUGCAUUAACAUUUUUGCUUUUGCUUUUUGAAAAUGCAAAGCCAUACAGGUUGUUUGCUUGUAGGCUUUCCUUGGCUUCUAAUAUGCAUAUAAUUGGCAUUUUUGUUUAGAUCGUUUUACUCCAAUGACUCCGGACAAAUGCUCAAACAUGAAGAUAUUGUUGUUGCUUUUAAGUGUUUUGACUCCCAUUAACUGAGCUGGCAGCAGGCAGAGUCCCCAAUGCACCCUUUGGUGACCUACUCUGAGGUAUAUCAGGACAAAGCACUUUUCCCUUUGUGAUACGUUUUGGUCAGCUGACCUGAUCUACGUCCUUUUUAAUGACAUGCCUCAGAUUGGUUUCCAAAGUAUAGCAAAGAAAAGAAAAAUAACCCAUCGAAAUCUCUUAUUGUUUUUAAUAACUCCUCGCGUUUGUUUAAGAUGGAGGAAAAGUAACGAGAGAUUCUGAUUCAGGGUUAAAAUCAGCUUUUUGAAUUGCUUUGAAAUGUUUUUUUUUUUUUUAUUGUUGAAAUAUUGCACAGCUGAGUUUCAAAUGAUCUGAUGUUUGCUCCUGAAAAAAGACUCUCACCUCAAAAGGCUCAACAACUAAGAACUAAGAGACAAAUCCCACGGAAGCGUCUGAAUAACAGCGGCGCGUAACGCGAGCCGCGGCCACAGAGGGCUUCUCCGUUGUUACCGAUAUGAACGUCCUCCAGUUACGCCUGAUGCCGAGGCCUGUGAGGGGAGAGCUUUACGAGAGCAACAUGACUGUUUCCACAUGGGGGGGGGGGGGGGUGUCGCUCUCCCCUCCCUGUGUCGUCUCUCACCCAUAUUGGGUUGCACUGUACAUUUUGAUUGCAGUAUUGUGUACUGUGCCCUUUGUUUUAAAUUAGUACAAUGUUUGGAAUGGAAAUGGGCCCUUUGUGGUUCACAUGUGCUUGUAAUGACGUGGUGAUUUGUACCGCUUUGAACUGUGUUAAGUGACUGUUUAUUCUCCAGUAUCUGGAGAGUCCGAGCGCUCCGUUCCCAAUACCGGCUUCUCAGGGUUUAUGAGCUGAUCCUGGUAUUAACUACCAUGGGACCCACGGUGGGACCUAAAACUUUGAAUAAAAGCGCAUUACCACUGAGAAACAUUA